AUGUCUGGCAGUUGCUGUUCUAGGAAAUGCUUCUCCGUGCCAGCCAUUUCUCUCUGCUCCACUGAGGUGAGCUGUGGAGGCCCUAUCUGCCUGCCCAGUUCCUGCCAGAGCCAGACAUGGCAGCUGGUGACUUGUCGAGACAGCUGUGGAUCAUCCAGCUGUGGGCCACAGUGCUGUCAGCCCUCCUGUCCUGUGAGCAGCUGUGCCCAACCCCUGUGCUGCGAGCCUGUCAUUUGUGAGCCUUCUUGCUCUGUGAGCAGCUGCUGCCAACCCGUGUGCUGUGAGGCCACCACCUGUGAGCCCUCUUGCUCCGUGAGCAGCUGUUGCCAACCUGUGUGCUUUGAGGCCACCAUUUGUGAGCCUUCUUGCUCCGUGAGCAGCUGCUGCCAACCUGUGUGCUGUGAGCCUGAUAUUUGUGAGCCUUCUUGCUCCGUGAGCAGCUGCUGCCAACCUGUAGGCUCUGAGGCCACUUCCUGCCAACCAGUCCUCUGUGUGCCCACUUCCUGCCAGCCUGUCCUCUGCGAAUCCAGCUGCUGUCAGCCAGUUGUCUGUGAGCCCAGCUGCUGUUCAGCUGUCUGCACCCUGCCUAGUUCCUGCCAACCUGUGGUCUGUGAGCCUGCCUGCUGUCAGCCGGUGUGCCCAACACCUACCUGCUCUGUGACCAGUAGCUGCCAGGCUGUCUGCUGUGACCCCAGCCCUUGUGAGCCAUCUUGCUCAGAGUCUAGCAUCUGCCAGCCAGCUACCUGUGUGGCUCUGGUCUGUGAGCCAGUUGGCCUCCGCCCUGUCUGCUGUGUUCAGAGCCCAUGCGAGCAACCUUGUGUCCCCAACACUUGCCAAGAGCCUUCUUGUUGUGUCUCCAGUAUCUGCCAAUCCAUCUGCUCUGAGCCCAGCCCCUGCUCACCAGCUGUCUGUGUGCCCAGUCCAUGCCAACCUACUUGCUAUGUAGUCAAGCGCUGUCGUUCUGUCUGCCCUGAGCCAGUUUCCUGCCCAUCUACCUCCUGCCGACCUCUUUCCUGCCGUGCAGGGUCUUCUGCAUCUGCCAUCUGCCGACCAACUUGUCCUAGGACUUUCUACAUACCCAGUUCCAGCAAACGGCCUUGCAGUGCUAUGGUUUCCUACCGCCCGGUCUCCCGUCCGAUCUGCCGCCCAAUCUGCUCUGGACUCCUCACCUAUAGGCAGCCAUACGUGACAUCCAUCUCCUACCGUCCUGCCUGCUACCGCCCAUGCUACUCCAUCCUGCGCCGCCCAGCCUGUGUCACUUCCUACUCUUACCGCCCAGUCUGCUUCCGCCCAUCUUGCACUGAGUCUGACUCUUGCAAACGGGAUUGCAAAAAAUCCACUUCCAGCCAACUGGAUUGUGUUGACUCAACCCCCUGCAAGGCGGAUGUCUCAGAAGAGGGUCCCUGCCAGCCCACUGAGGCCAAACCCAUCAGUCCAACCACCCGUGAGGCCACAGCAGCUCAGCCUGCUGCCAGCAAGCCUGCCAACUGCUAA